AUGGCAUCCUUUUUCAAAAAGGAUAAAAAACCUACGGAUACAGGACCAAAGGCAUAUCGAGAUUAUUUAAUGGCAAAUAUCAUUCGAGAUAUCGACACACUCGCUGGUAACGGUUGGAUAAGUCCAAUGACUCAGCAAAUGCUCAACGACAACCUCGAACUGGAAUCAGCAAAUCCUCCAGGCUACGCUCCUAGCGCUUCUUCUUCAUCGUUUAGAGGACCACCACCUGGCAGUGUCGGAGGAGGAGGGAGAGCCAUCAUGCCACCCGCACCAGGGCUGCCACCUAGAGGCGUUCCCAACGCAGGUCCCAAACCUGCUCUGCCGUCAAGGAAUACAGGAAAGGCAGGAUCAAAUACAGUCUCUGCCAUACAAGAUUUUGGCACUGGUGAAGAUGGGGAUUUGGAGUUUAGGUUUGGUGAGACCAUUAGUGAUGUCGAAGAAGGUAUCGUGGACGAAUUGGUGCAAGGACUGGAAUAUUCCCAAAAUCCUACGUUCGCUAGAGUUGAUGCAAAAAUUAUUAUUGAUGCUGCUUAUUGUUUAAAUAAAACUGAUUUCGAGAGACAAAAUAUUUCUUGUGUCGUAGUUUAUCUAGCUCUGAAAAUGCCCGUCAAAGGUGGAGAGCUGUCCAAGCUCGCAAACUCCAUACCAACAUGGGCUUGGGCCAUAAUCGGUGCCUAUGGGCUCAUCACUCUAUUGAGACAGUUGACAAAAAAGCCUUCGGACGCAACAGGCUUCUUUGAGUGGCCGAUAGUUGGAAACAUGCCUCAGCUCAAAAGACCCACUCGACGUGCCCAAUUUAUGUUGGAGGUAUCGUUAGCUCACGGCGCAGUCUCCAAGGCCACUGUAAUGGGGAACCAGUCUAUUAUUGUAUCCGAUGUUUCCAUUGUCAAGCGGAUCUUGCAAACCGAACAACAAGAUUGGAGUCGCGGUGGUAGCUCAGAGAUCCUUUUUGGUGAUAUUGCUGGUGGCCUGAUUCUUCAACCAAAUGGCGAGAGUUGGAAGGAAACACGUAAAUUCUUUGAUCCCAAUUUCAAUGUGCCUACGAUCAAAAGUUAUACUCCCAUCGUCCAAGGAAGAGUAACCAAGCUCAUCACAUGGCUCAACACACAAUCAAAAUCUCCAGACAAUACCGUCAAAGGUCCUGGAAUUGAGUUGCAAACCGUCUUUCAUGGCAUCACAUUCGACAUUAUCGUCAUGAUAUUACUAGGAUAUGAUCCAAUGUCUGUAGAGAAAGGUGGUGAAUCUGUGCACGUGCAUGCAUGGGAACACUGCUUAAUGUCAUUAACUAGACGCUCGCCAUAUCUCAAGACUCAGUACUGGAAGUAUUGGAAAACAAAGUCUGUGGUUGAGUAUGAGCGACAGUAUAAACUAUUGACGGAUCUAGUUCUCGACCGUCGCCGCUAUUAUGAAACGAAUGGAGUCAAGGACUCGGAUGUGGAUAUGAUGGCUAGUUUUAUUAGGCGCAUGAAGCAAGAUCCGUCUAGCAUUCCAGAGUUUUUAAGGACGAAAUGGAAGAUAAAAGUCUACAAUGAGAUCAAAGACGUGCUUGGAGACAACACGCCAGCGACAUAUGAGGCUCUGGACACCAUGCCAAUUUUAUCGGCUGUCGUGAAGGAGACGCUUCGUUUACGGCCUUCUGCACCCGUUUUGAAUCGCGUUACUGCAGUCGACAAGAUGUAUGAAUGGAAGGAUAAAGAUGGAAGUACUAAAAGACACUUUGUGGCAAAGGGAGCUGAUACAGGCUUCCAGCCCUACGUGGUCCAAUUACAUCCUGACAACUACGAUAAUCCGACUGCCUUUGAUCCGAGUAGAUGGCUGGAUAGUCGUGCCAAGACGUACGACACGUACGCAUAUGUUCCAUUUGGCGGCGGUCCUCGUAAAUGUCUUGGCGAGAAGCUGGCCUUGUUUGAAGUCAAGAUGGUGGUAGUUGGUGUUUUGAGAGAAUUUGAUGUCUCGCUGGUGGAAGGACAUGUGUGUGAUUUCAUUACAGCUCCGACUAUGAGAAUGGUGAAUGGGUUGAAAGUUGCCAUAACGAAACGAUGA